UGUACCCUAAGCGUUGCAAAUCUGCGAGACGUGCCCAAACAGAUAGCAUCCUUGUUCAGGGAAGGCAAAAUUGUCUCACCUGAAGACGCUGAAAACGAGCUCACAAAGCUCCUUACAUCAGAGGGCGACGCAAUACUCCUGGCGCUAGAUCCCUUGAGCGAAACAGCUGCGAGGGUCAAGGAAAUUGGCGUCCGAAACACAGUGAGGAGCUAUCCCCUAUUUUUGAUCAGGCAGAACAUGACGAUCAUUGCAUGCGCACGCUUUCGAAAUUGUUACGCGUCCAGUCCACAGAGUCAAGAGACACACCAAGUGGUGGCUAGAACACAAAUACCAUGUUUUGGUAAAAAGAUACUGCCAGCUAGAACACCACUAACCUUCAACAAUUUCGACAAUAGAGAGACGUGCAUAUUGCAGGGCACUUCGACUACGGCGCAAAGUGAAGCGCAGUCGACUCCAAUGGAGACAGAACAUGGCGAAAAUGAACACGACAGAUUUCGCGAGGCUUUCCGCCUACUCAAUGCUAAAGACCAUACGACAGAAGCUGGACUACCGCCAAUCGAAUUCGAUGCAGUGAAUGCGGCCAAAGGUAGGCUUUUGUCACAGCAAGACGAUUCGCCUGAGUUCGCUCGCCUCAAACGGUGGCAAGCUGCCAUGGCACUUCCGGAGGUCAAGAACAUUAGUGACCCAGACGGGAAAGGUUUUACCGAGUUUGUGAUGUCCUUUUCAAUGAAGUACGGUAGAAUAGGUCUUCCGGACGAUAUCCUCAUUCAUUUAAUGAGCGAAAAAUUGGAAGGGCACCCAAAAGCGGUCAUGAAAACGCUCCCGGAAGAGACUAGGAAAGGCAAAUUUGCGGACUUUGUUGUCGCACUAAAUACGAAGUUCGCUGAAAACACUUCGGCUAGGCGAAUGGAAUCGCAUGUGAAACUGAAACAGUUGAAGAUGGCCAGAUCAGUCACGGAGUACUGUGUACAACUCGAAAGCCUACGCGCGCAGCGAAUCCCCAGGCUUCCGAAACCGAUCUGUCCAUGGUGA